CAGACGAAGACCGAGGUCACUCAGUUACAAAGAAGAGAUUCUCAUCAGAAUGAUCCAGUACGAAAAGUUCAACAACGAAUACACCGAUCAGAUCGAUUGCCCUGGAACGGAAAAGCACUAUCGACUGACGGGAUCGGGCGAAUCGUCCACCGCCGAGUGGUGCAUCAUGAUUGAACCAUACUUACCACUGAUCGAUCAAAUAAAGAAAAUGCCCGUCUACGAGGACGAUGUGUGGGUCAUCACGUUUCCCAAGUGUGGAACCACGUGGACGCAGGAGAUGGUUUGGUUGCUGAACAACGAUCUCAACUACGAUCGUGCGUCCAAGGAAACGCUCGAAGAACGUUUUCCCUUUCUCGAAUUAACCGGAGCUCUGUCCCUCAUCGGUGGCGAUUCGGUGGGAAAAGUGCGUGAUCUCAGGCGGCCACGGCACAUUAAAUCACACCUUCCGUUCAUGCUACUGCCGGAAGCGAUUCAUACGGUGCGCCCGAAGGUGAUUUAUGUUUCACGUAAUCCCAAGGAUGCGGCCACUUCCUUCUUCCACCAUUAUCGUAACAUUGUUGGGUUCGAUGGGGCGCGGGAGCAGUUCUUUGAUGCUUUUCUCAACGAGAGCCACAUCUACGCACCGUUCGGUGGUCAUGUGCGUCGCUACUGGGAGUGGAGCCGAAGCCCCAGUGCCAACUGUCUCUUUCUCACGUACGAGCAGAUGAAACGUGAUCUGCGCGCUGUGAUCGAGAAGACGGCCAACUUCCUGGGGAAGCAGUACACCCUGGAAGAGGUGGACGAGCUGUCCAACCAUCUGUCGGUGGAAUCGAUGAGAAAUAACAAGUCAUGCAACAUGGACGAUCUGUUGGAAUGGGCCAGGACUACCAACUACAGCGACGAGCGUAAGAAGCGUGACGAUAAUGGUUUCAGGUUCAUCCGCAGCGGAACUGUGGGGACGUAUAAGCAGGACAUGACCGACGAAUACAUCGAACGCUUCGAGACGUACGAGCAGCGUAUUACAAAGGAAAGCGGAUUCGAUUUCUACUUCUAA